AUGACGAAAGGGACACCAACACCUUGGCCUUAUACACUCAUUAGGCUUCUAUUCCAAUUUACCUUGAAAGUGUUUUACGGAACCAUCGUCGUCUCCAAUGCCCAUUUCAUUCCCGAAACAGGGAAACCCUGCAUAGUAUGUGCAAACCAUAGCAACUCAUUAACGGAUGCCCUUCUACUCGUUACAUCCGUACCCUCAAAUAGGCGCAAUAUGCUUCGACUUACCGCCAAAUCUACACAAUUUGGGAAAAAGACAUUCACUAGCUGGCUUAUCGAAAGCGCAGGAACUGUUCCAAUACACAGGCGGAAGGACUUUGAUGGCCCAGUCGACAACAGUCAGGCAAUGACCUCGCUGAUAAAGGCUUUGGAGGAUGGAGAUGCAGUAAUGAUGUUCCCCGAAGGGAUGAGUCGUUUUCAUCCAACCAUCGCCCCGCUCAAAACUGGAGUUGCUCGAUUGGCUUCGGAUGUGCUAUCUCGACAUCGUGACGACCCAGAUUUUGAGAUCAAUAUCUUGAACUGUUCAAUCACAUAUAUGCAUCGUCAACAUUGGCGCUCAGAUGUAUUGGUAACAUGGCAUCCGCCUAUAAUUCUGCGCCCUAAGGAUAAUCCGGAACUUCUUGAACCUGCAGAACCUGAAACGAUACGAGCAGUAACCAAGCAGAUCUACACACAGAUCAGUUCGGGAACUUUCGAUUCGCCUUCAUGGCACCUCGUGCAAUCAUCUAAACUUGCGGCUCGAAUGUACGCCCCUCUUGGUACUAGGAUGAGUCUCGGUGACCAUGUCAGGAUUACCCGUACAUUUUUAGAAGCCUUCAAGGAUGCACACGAAGACAGCUCGGAGGACAAUCAACCGAUACAUCCUGACAUUGUGAAAUUAGCCCAGUUGCAAGAAGAUCUGAAGGCAUACCAACACCGGCUCAUAAGCUACGGAAUCAAGGAUGACCGCGUUCGCCGUCCACUUUCCCGACGCGAAAUUCUUCGCCGAAUGGCAAUACGGCUUUUUUGGUCGUGUUUCCUAUUUUCCAUAUCUAUACCAGGGCUACUAUUAUGGUUUCCGGUCAUUCUCACCACCUUUUACGCCGUUCACGAAUUCAAAAAGAGCGGACCAGUGUUCGAUACCUUUGAUGAAAUUGCUCAGUACAAGCUCGUUUAUGGGCUCGUGUCUGGUAUCUGUGUGUGGCUCGGUGGAGUCAUCCUCACACUGCCAUUUGCAAUGAUCACCGUGCUCUUAAUUCCCGCAUUAAUGUGGAUGACUCUUCGCUGGAUGGAAGAUUGCGUAGCCUCCACCCGUGCAUUCUUUACGCUCUUCCGAUUAUUGCGGGUUGGCAAACAAACUCUCAACGAGAUGCGGAGCUUGCACGAUGUCUUGCACCGCCAGAUCAUGGAUUUGGCCAUUGCGCUUGGUUUACCUUCUGAUCCCGAGGAGUUUUUUCCGCAAGCGGGCGGAAAAGAAAAAGGGCGAGUCAUGGGCUCAUGGCAGAGUAAGGCUGGUUACUUCUCUAUCAGACGACGACGAAAAAGGGAUUGGAACGAAACCUUACGGCUCUAUGAUAAAGUUGACUACCCGGAUGAAGACUCUUAA